AUUUAAAAAUUAUAGGGCUUUUUCGCAACGGGUUUGCAGCCAGAACACAGGUGUCGUGAAAACCGCCACUAACUCAAACCCAAGAUGGGAAAGGAAAAGACUCACAUUAACAUCAUCGUCAUUGGACACGUAGAUUCCGACAAGUCCACCACUACUGGCCAUCUGAUCUACAAAUGUGGGGGCAUCGACAAAAGAACCAUCGAGAAAUUUGAGAAGGAGGCUACUGAGGUGGGGAAGGGCUCCUUCAAGUACGCCUGGGUCUUGGAUAAACUGAAAGCCGAAUGGGAGCACGGUUUCACCAUUGAUAUCUCCCUGUGGAAAUUCGAGACCAGCAAGUAUUACGUGACCAUCAUUGAUGCCCCCGGACACAGAGACUUCAUCAAAGAUAUGGUGACAGGCACAUCUCAGGCUGACUGUGCUGUCCUGAAUGUUGCUGCCGGUGGUGGUGGAUUUGAAGCCGGCAUCUCCAAGAAUGGACAGACCCGUGAGCAUGCCCUUCCGGCCUACACACUGGGUGUGAAACAGCUGAUGGUUGGUGUUAACAAAAUGGAUUGCACUGAGCCGCCCUCCAGCCAGAAAAGAUACAAGGAAAUUGUUAAAGAAGUCAGCACCUACAUUAAGAAAAUUGGCUACAAACCUAACACAGUGGCAUUUGUGCCCAUUUCUGGUUGGAAUGGUGACCACAGGCUGGAGCCAAGUGCUAACAUGCCUCGGUUCAAGGGAUGGAAGGUCACCCGUAAAGAUGGCAAUGCCAGUGGAACCACGCUGCUUGGAGCUCUGGAUGGCAUCCUGCCACCAACUGGUCCAACUGACAAGCCCCUGCGCCUGCCCCUCCAGGAUGUCUACAAAAUUGGUGGUAUGGGUCCUGUCCCUGUGGGCCGAGUGGAGACUGGUGUUCUCACGCCCGGCAUGGUGGUCACCUUUGCUCCGGUCAGUGUUACAACUGAAGGGAAGCCUGUUGAAAUGCACCAUGAAGCUCUUCCUGGGGACCAUGUGGGCUUCAACGUCAAGAACGUGCCUGUCAAAGAUGUUUGCUGUAGCCAUGUGGCUGGUGACCGCAAAAAUGACCCACCAGGGGAAGCAGCUGGCUUCACAGCUCAGGUGAUUAUCCUGAGCCACCCAGGCCAGAUCAGUGCUGGCUAUGCACCUGUGCUGGAGGGUCACACAGCUCAUAUUACUUGCAAAUUUGCUGAGCUGAAAGAGAAGAUUAUGAGCUCAUUUAAAGAGCCUCGCAAUGCACUGGAAGGCACGCUGGCAGAGCUCAAAAUCGCUGCUUGCGUUCCCCAUGUCCUAGUGCUAGUUCACGUUCCUGGUGAGCUUACUGGGUGUCAGGAAUCAGACAAGCCUUUUAAAUCUCACCGGAGUCCUCGAAGAACUCUACUGAGAGGAUCAGUGAUUGAGGCCUUGACACCUUAUGAUAUUCAGCUUAGCCUGAUGAUGCUUAUGAUUUAUGACUUCAAUCUCCCUGAGCCUCAACUUGCUCAUCUGCAAAACAGAACUAAUAGUUCAGUCCUCACAAUUAUGAUGAUUAAAAGUGAGUACCGUGUGAAAUCUCCACCUAGCAAAGCCUGA